AUGUCUUCCGACGCCCCUGAUGGGGAGCAGCAGGCCGUAGGCGAAGGCCGUCGUGACACCAGCCUCAAAGCCAACUGGCGCAUCUUCGCCAUCACGCUGUACAUGGGAAUUUCUCUCUUUGAGUAUGGCUUUGACAAGGGCGCCAUCGCAGGUUUUCAAGCCAUGCCCGGCUUUCUUCAGGUGUUUGGCUACCAAACUGAGUCGGGAACAUGGGAUAUCCACGCCGGUCCUCAGCAAAUGAUCUCCUCGUUCAUGAUCCUGGGCAGCGUCAUUGGUUCUAUCAGCACGGGCUUCAUCGGCGCGCAUAUUUGCCGUCGCUACUCGCUCAUGUUCGGCUCGCUUAUCGUCAUUGUCUGCAUCGCCAUCAUGGCUGAGACCACCUCCAUGGGAGCUCUCUAUUUUUCCAGACUUUUAAUCGGAGUGGGUAACGGCUUGCUGCUCAAUUUUACGAUCCUGUAUCUACAGGAGUGCACGCCACCCCGCUUCCGUGGUCUCUGUCUUAGUAUGGUGACCUGCUGGAUUGCCAUCGGAACGACUAUUGGCAUGGUGAUUAACCACAGAACCAACCACAUCAUGAGCCGCAAAGCCUAUCAGAUUCCUCUCUAUGUCUGCUACCCUGCACCCAUAAUCCUCAUUCUUACGCUGCCCUUUCUCCCCGAAUCACCCCGCUGGCUGCUGCACCACGGCAAGACCGAGGAGGCGCUUCGCAGCUUGCGUUUCUUCCGCAAGGGGGCCUACGAUGAGGUCGCGAUCCAGCAGGAAUUCGAGGAGAUGAAGGCGAUUGCGAGACGCGAGGCCGAGGCCCAGAAGGACUGGCGUUUGUUCUUCGAGCUGUUCAAGGGUCAUAAUCUGCGGAGAACAAUUAUCGCUGUUGGUGUUGGCACUGCAAACGCUGGUGUGGGCGCAAUGUUUAUCCUUGCAUUUGGAACAUACUUUUUCCGGGUGGCUAAUGUCGGUGACCCAUUCAAAUGGAUCAUCGUGACCAACUGUGUUGGCCUCGCUGGUCUCUUCACCACUUGGUGCAUUGUAACCCACAUCGGUCGCCGGCGCAUUAUCGUCGCAGGCUGCGCAAUUUGCACAAUCGCUAUGCUCCUCAUGGCUGCCGUGUACACUUCCCCAAGCGUCUCCAAGGAUGGCGCGGGUAUCGCACUGGUCAUAAUCGUGUCCAUUUACGUCUUUGGCUUCAAUUUCGGCCUUGAACCCUACGUGUACCUCGUUGCUGGCGAGCUCCCCGCGCAAAACCUUCGCGGUUAUACUAUGGGCUUGUCGACUGCCACAAGUUUUACGUUUGCAUGGUUGAGCGCCUUUACCACGCCCUACUUCAUCAAUCCCGGAAACCUGAACUGGGGUCCCAAGUACGGAUAUAUCUGGUUCGUUAGCGGGCUCAUCGUCACCGCGUUCGUGUGGUAUUAUUUACCUGAGGUGAGAGGCCGCACUCUCGAGGAGAUCGAUGAGAUGUUCAGGAACAAUGUGCCUACGAGGGAUUUCCCCAAGUAUGUGUGCGUGGAAAGCCAGGAGGCAAAGGAACGGGGCCUGAUGAACGUUUUCGGAGAGGUCAAGCCCGACGCAGAGCACGUUGAGUCUGCUUCGAAGAACUAG